AUGGCCGAACCCCCGAGCCAACUGUCGAUACCAGAAUAUAUAAUUUUGCAUUCCGAUGACCCAGCAGACCCACAACUUCGAUGUUCAGCAUGCAAUAGCCGUACCCUUAGCGAUUACCAAAGUCACCUUCGCACGCCUGCACAUCGACAAUCUGUUCAAUGUUUGCUUGAGCGUGAGGCGGCCGAUGAAGUGAUGCUCCAGGCCAUCCGAGCAACACAAGAGGAUAGCCCGAGAGAAACUCCCACCCUCGACUUGGCUCAAUACACACAACAUCAAUCUGACACCCCCCCGGCGGAAUCACCUGAAUCACCCCUCACUCCGCUCUCUUAUCUACGGAACCUGGACCCCAACGGCCGAUUGGACGAUGAUGCUUCCAGCACUGGAGACUCUGACCACGCUCUGGAUGUCCUUCAGCUCCGCCAAGCGUUAGAAGCCAUGGAGCACGUUGGGGUAAGCCCUGAAGACGACGAUGAGGACAUGUUACCCAACGAAAUGGACCUAGACGACGCCUUUGACGACGAUGACAGCCCUGAUACAAAUGGGUGGUACCCGUUCAAGUCCAAAGAGCGGCCGUCAUGCUUGCAAGUCACUCAUCACAUUCCUCGAACGUUAUUUGGUCAAACGGUUUCGGCAACAGGAGCGAAGUCGAAACAGGGGGAUCUGCCCAAUUGUUUAAGACAAUUAGCGUUGGAAGUGUGGUUGCAAGAAUUGGAUCACGUCACUUUACCAUCACGCCAUAAGAUUGAAAAGGAUGACUUCGUCGUGGUAUGUCUUCCGCUUUCGUGUCGUAGAGGUGGAAUUCUGAGUGGGCGUGGCGAUUUUGCUCGGACCAGUCGAGUGUUUGGUCAAUAUGCAGCACAAUUGCUCCGGUGGCCAAUGCUCAGUUACGUUAACCCAAACCAAGAAGGUGGAACGUAA